AUGGGAGAAGAAAACAACAAAUCAACACCACAUUUCUCGUUAAAGUCCAGAUUUUCAUUUAUAUUCACGAAAGAGUUUUUGAAAAUAACAGUUCUUGGCCAAUUCCUUUCGUUAUGCAUAACUGCCACCGUGAUGACAAGCGAAGAAUUGACUAAUCGGAAUGCUAACAUUCCCAUCACACAAUCUACCUUUACCUACAUUUUCCUGUUUAUUAUUUGCACGCCUAUUACUUUAUGCCGACUUGGAGUAAAAGGAUAUUUCGAUAUGCUCAAGGAUAAUGGCUGGAUCUAUUUAUUAUUGGCAAUUUUUAAUGUCGAAGGAAAUUUUUUUGCCGUGAUGUCAUACCAAUAUACGUCAAACCUCUCCAUCAUCUUGCUUGACGUAUGGACCAUACCCGUAGUGGUCACCUUAUCGUUAAUCUUUUUAAAAGUCAAGUAUCAUUGGAGUCAAUAUCUGGGAAUUGUAAUAUGUUUGAGCGGCGUCGGCAUACUAAUCAAAGGUGAUUUUGAUUCCGGAAAAGAUAUGAUCACUGGGGACAUAAUAUGUAUGGUCGGCUCAACGCUAUACGGUAUAUCGAAUAUAAUAGAAGAGUAUCUGACGAGAAAGAGAUCGUAUCAUGAAAUUAUUGGUCAAUUGGGCUUUUGGGGUACCAUAAUCAGCAUCAUUCAAUUAUCUAUAUUAGAACGACAUCAAUUAGUCUCCACAACUUGGGAUGGGACGAUAGUCGGUCUUUAUAUUGUAUACAACUUUGCGAUGAUCUGCCUAUAUACUGUUUCCCUGUACCUUCUCCGAAUAGCUUCUGCAACAUACUUUAACCUCUCGCUUCUCACCAGCGAUUUUUAUUCUUUAAUACUCUCUAUAUGCUUGUUUAAAACUGCGAUGGUACCAUUCUACCCCAUCGCGUUUGUCUGCAUUACCCUAGGUCUUAUAACAUACUACGUUUAUUCAUCGGCAGGUCCGAACGAAGGUGAUUCGGAAAAUUUCACAGAAAGCGAUGAGAACGACGUUGAAAAAAACUUUAAACCUCAGGAUGUCGUUUCAACGGAAGAAUAUAGCAAAAAUAGCUUGGAGGAUAAGAUAAUCUUUCUAGAGCUUAAGUGA